AUGCCAGAAGAAACCGGCGCGAAGGUCAAGAUAUGGCUGCCGAAAUUGCAAGCUGAGAAAACUCAAGGUUUGUGCGAUGAAAGCAAACCUCGCUGUAAGAAAUGCAGUUCAUUCGGAGUACUCUGUAACUUCGGGCUGAACAUACCUGAUCUACAUCCAAUCACUUCCGACACAGUGAGGGCUAUGGUUCGUUGCAAGCCAUCGCCGCAAAGACCUGUCACAAGUGCUAUAUGGACAUCUGAUGAGUAUUCGAUCUACCAGCUGAAUGCGAAGUGUCAGGACUUUGUGACGAGAUAUUAUGCGAGAAGUCUUUUGACGCCUGAUGGGAACAUGAUCGACGUCAAUCGGAGGUUGUUCAAACUCGCCUUCACUAACCCUUGCUUGAUGCACGCCUCUCUGGCAGUAGCACUCACAUACGAUCGCUAUCUAAAAACCUCAAGUUCUCCCAGGAGUCUAGAAGAAUGCUACCACUGGUCCCAAAGCACAGCACUCUUCAACAAGAAGCUCCGAGAACCCGUCAAGACACAAGACAAAGACCCGAUUUGGGGUACAGCAGCUGCUCUAGCCGUCUUGACGUUCUCAUCACCAGAUGCAUACAGACCUGAAGACUCUUGGCCUUUAAAGACUGGUGAUGAUGACCUUGAUUGGGCGUCCAUGAUCAGUGGAAAGAUGUCGUUGUGGAAUAUGGUAGAUCCUCUACGAAAUGACAGUCUGUUUCGCGUUAUGGCUGUGACUAUUGCGCAGAUGCAAGCGCCUUUGCCGGACGUAGGCAGAGAUGGUAUACCGACGGUGUUGGCUGCGGUUUGUCUUUUGAACGAGACAUCUACGCCGGAGAAUCCUUACUUCUACGCUGCGCAUGCAGUUUCGCGUGUCCUUCAUAUACCGGAUAGCGAGGUUACAACGGGCCAGACACAGCUGUUCACGCACAGAAUUGACGGGGCCUUCAAGGAACUACUCCUUGCGAGGGACCCUGUUGCGUUGCUCUUGUUGUAUGUAUGGUAUCGCAAGGCAGGACGAAGUAUAUGGUGGGUUGAGCUUCGAGCGAGGGUGGAAUGUCCGGCGAUUUGUCUAUAUCUGCAGCGCUAUCACCCGGACGACGUUGCGGUGCAUGCGCUGCUUCAGAGCGACAUCACAAUUAGAUGA